AUGUGGGACUAUGGACCUGAGCCACUACGUCCCAACACCACCGGGACCCACAGUGGAUGUGAGAGCCAAGAUCCUAGCUCAUUCAAGGCACAAUCCGGCAUCGACAGGCAGGGUGAUGCUGGAGUUAAUGGUAACACCUCUGCUGAGAGCAACCUCCACGCCUACAAAUGCGCGCAGGACACCCUCAUUCGAGUGCGGGUUCAGCACGAUCUUGUUCAUGCAGUGCGGGUUCGAGCUACACCUCGUCCAGUGAUGCGAUUUCGACCUGAGCCUCAUCCAACGUGUGUUGUGGAGAAGGACUCGGUCGAGGCUGCAGCUCCUGAACAUCGGCGGAGGAAGUGCCAUCUCUUCCGGCAACCCUGGGUGGUUCGCCCCACGAUCUGCUCAGCAAUUUGGCUCUAUCGAAUUACUGUUGCUGUGCUGGUGGGAUUGCAUCAGAUUCGCUUCUCUAUGUUUCUCUGUAUCACAUGGCAAUGGCUUCCUUUUACAUCUUCUGCACGGACAGACAAUUUACAGCUCUAUCAUUGGGUUAGGGUUGUGAAUGGUGUUCCCCCAACGGGUGAUUAUGCCUUUGCGAAAUACAACAAGUCUGUAGAUGUUCUCAAGUACACUGAUGAGGAGUACGAAAAGCAUUUGACUGACCCUACAUGGUCCAAGGAAGAAACAGAUCAGUUAUUUGAUUUGUGUGAAAGGUUUGAUCUUAGAUUUAUAGUUGUAGCGGACAGAUUCCCAACCUCACGCACUGUGGAAGAACUGAAGAGUCGGUACUAUGCUGUAUCAAGAGCACUUCUGAUUGCUAGAGCACCAUCAUUUGCUGAUGUUUCUGGGCAUCCACUGGUUAAGGAACGCUACAAUGUUGCACAUGAGGUUGAGCGUAAACGUGCACUAUCGUCAGUGCUUUCUCAGACAAGACAGCAGGAGAUUAGGAAUUCUGAGAUUAUUGCAGAAGCUAAACGUAUAAUGGAAUCACGCAUGGUUAACAAGGUUGAAGAAGUUGAUGUUCCUGUAGACACAAUUAAUAUUGAAACUACGGAGAAGAUUGCUACCCAAGCAGAAUCUAUAUCACCAUCUUCCAAUGCCCAACCAUCACCCUCAGCUGUUGCUCCUCCAACAAUUGGAGCAGACAGCACCUCUACCCCUGCUUCGCUCCGCAUGCUUCGCGUGUACUUGAGAACCCAUGUUCUUGACCAAAUGGUACAAGCAGCAAGCUCCACUGCAGGUCUCAGGACUAUUAAAAGAGUUGAUCAGACUUUGCAAGAUCUUGGGGUCCAUUUAAAGCCGAAGGUCCCCACUAAAUCAGUUUGUGCUGAGCAUUUGGAAUUGCGGAAAGAAAUAAUUACGCUGCUUAACUUGCAGAAGCAGCUGCAAAACAAGGAGGCAGAGGUUUCAGCAAAUCGUGAGAGCUCAUAUGUGGAGACACCAGGCACUCCCAAGCGCACUUAUCGUGGAGAUACUGAUCGGCCUUUCAUUCCUGAGUCAGUUGGAUUUGGAGGUGAAAGAGUGGCCAAAAGAGACCAUAAACGCAAGACAACUGCACGAUUUUCAGAUGCUCCACCUUCACCGCCGCAAUCUAAAAGGCCUCGGAAGUUGAAAGCUUCUGAUUGAUGAACAUGGGGGUGGGGUGGGGAUUUGGGUAUAUGCCUCAAGGUAAUGCGCCACAUAUUAGUAAUUAGCUUAAUUGCUUAGAUUCUCUUCUUAUGUAGCUGUUCCAUUAAAAGCUGGAAAUAUCCCUCAAGGUAAUGCGCCACAUAUUAGUCUGUAGCUUACUGGUGAUAUUCCUUGCUUGUGUUGUCUUCCCAAGUCUCUAACUUAGCUACUAUAUGUGUAAAUUACAAUGUGCUUCAUGGUUGAAAAGGUUGUACUUUGCUAGGGCUGGUCAGGUUGAAAGAGAAUGCUUUUCACA